AUAGAACGAGUUUCUUACAAAAGUUCGAUUUGUUUAAAGAGAACGAAAAUGUCUAAACAUGUCUGGUACCUUGGUAUAUUGCUGCAUAUUUUUUCCUUGAUUGCAGGACAGACUGUUUCUGUGCGAUUCGCUGGCAAUGGAGCAACAGCUUAUCAGGGUAGAGUAGAGGUGCUCUACAAUGGUACCUGGGGGACGGUGUGCAAUGACCAAUUUGGUACGGAGGAUGCCGGGGUUAUAUGUAGGAUGCAGGGAUUCAAUGAAGGGGGAAUUGCCAUAACCAAUAACACUUUUGGGGCGGGUGUUGGUCCGAUAUUGAUGGAUGACCUGAACUGUGACGGCACAGAGCGGUCUAUUGCUCAAUGUCAGUUUUCUGGUUGGGGUACGAACAACUGUAAUCACAGUGAGGACGUAGGAGUAAUUUGUCGAAGCUCGAGCUCGACAACAGCGCCAUCAUUAAUAACAACCACACGUGCUCCGGCCGACGUUCAAUCAGACAAUUGUACAACAACCCAAGCUACGCCGCAGCAAUGGGAUGUUCGGAUUGUAGGCCCUGCUAACUUAAUAGGUAUAGGCUUUGUGGAGACGUACUACAAUAAUCAAUGGCACGCAAUCUGUGACGACCUGUGGGGGACUGCUGACGCCCAGGUGGUCUGUAGGAUGUUGUGUUUUGAUUCUGUGGACGCUCGAGCAGGAUCACCUAUUGAAAUUGAUUACGUUCGCUCAAACGUCAGUUCUACGUACGCUCUGGAUGACGUAGAAUGCCAAGGUAACGAGAACAGUAUCGGGGACUGCAGGUCUACUACAGGCGCUCAGAUCAACUGCUUUGGACCUGACGAAUAUGCCAGUGUGGCAUGUACUCUACUAGACAACUCACCACCGACUCCUCCGAUCCCCAUCCUUGAAUGUUCCAACGGCAGAAUCAGGGCUUCAUUUAGCCGUCAGCAUGACAGAAAUUUAGAAGAGAAAUUUCUUAGUAUAUUUAAUCAAACCAAUGGUGUUUGUAACGUUAUCAAGACAACGGAUACAAAUUAUGUGUCCAUUAGUAUACCAUUCGACGAGUGCGGUACCGAAAUCAUGACAAACGAUUCUCAUAUCAUAUAUACCACGGUUCUUCUCUAUGAUUACACAUCAACCGAAGGUAAUGUCCACAGGGUGAACACGUACCGAGUAGAAGUCUCGUGCGAGUUCCCGCGAGAAUUAUAUGCCAGUAAAGGAAUGAUACCGCAGUCAGAAAGUGUUACACAAAAGGCCCCUGGAGCAUUCCACCUCAGAAUGGACUUUUUUAGGAACAACUCAUUUGUCAACCCUGUGACAAAUUAUCCUUUGGUCCUGACUCUGGGAGAGUGGCUAAAUGUAGCAGUCACGUUGGAAACCGACGAUUCCAAUCUUAAACUGAUAGUUCCCGACUGCGUGGCCACACCAUCUACUUCUAAGACGGACCCCACAACGUAUCCAUUGUUUGAAACCAAAUGUCAACGUGAUCCCACUCUUGGAUUUUUCCCCUUAAACUCCACCUCCUUUGGAUUUCGUUACAAGACUUUUAAGUUCGUCAACUUUGAUCUAGUGUACCUGCACUGUAGAGCUUUCGUUUGUUUGCUCUCAGAGAAAACAGCCGAGUGUGACCGGAGCUGUAACUCAACAGUAGCAGGGCGUAGACGACGAGAUAUUACUGGCAGAAAUAGUCCAACGUAUUCCAAAGAUAUUUACUAUGUUGAGAGUCCGGCUAUUCAUUUUUAUAGAGAAGGUACUAAUAAUACAGUAGUCAGGGACUGGAAUCUCUCUACAGGUCCUACAAUAACCCCAUUGACCACCAGGGAUUUAAAGCCAACUUUUACAUCAAAUUCAACAACUCUAUCAGAAACAUCAGGGAAAACAAUUGCACCAAAUCCACCACCAACAACAAGGAUGAACUCAACACCUCCAUUGACGACAAACAGGCUAACAACAAAAACACCAACAUAAAAAACAACAAAAACAGCAGCAACACAAAAACCAACAACAGCUUCAACUCAGAAACCAACAACAGCUUCAACUCAGAAACCAACAA